UGCUAGAAGGAAGGUUAUAAACGAAACUGAACUUUUGCGGCCCGGGCCCGGUACUUUACCUGCGUUUCAAAGUUUGGUGUCCAAUAUCAAGCAAAAAAAUACUAUCUACAAGAAGAAAUUCAACUUUAUAGCCCUUGUCAAUAUGGCGCAUUAUAGAGGUCCAGACCCAAAAAGGGAACAAUUUCGGAGAUACUUGGAGAAAGCUGGAGUCGUUGACAGUCUUACCAGCGUUCUAGUGGCUCUGUAUGAACAACCUGAGAGGCCCAGCAAUGCUUUGGAAUUUGUGAAGCAGCAUCUCAAUUCCGCUGGUCAGACUUCAGCAGACACUGAGGCUCUGCAGCAGGAGGUGAUCGACUUGAGACAGAGGUGUGCACGUCUGGCAGAGGAAAACAAAGACCUCCAAACAAAGCUGCAGCGCUACGAACCUGCUUCAGAAGAUGGAGCCACAGCUGACUAGACCACUUUAAAUAAUAUAGUUUUGUUUAUUUUGCUGACACUUUCAAGACACAACACUUUUAUAAGUGAAUAUCAAGAAUUUUUUAGGUACCUGCUUUUGUAAAUCUUAUUUUCUACGUUUCUUAAAAUGUAACUUAUUCUGUACAUGUUUGUAUAUAAGUUUUCUUGUUCGUUCAGUCUUAAGCUUUACUGAUAAAGUGCCCCUUGUUAUAAGACUGAAAAAAGUCUGUUCUUAACAUGGGACAUGUCACCUUUUUUGAAACAAAUUUAACCAAUACUGCUGACAGUUUUAUUAUUUCUGGCAUAGUUGUAAACACUUCAAAUCCACACGACAGCGACUGACAGACACUUUAUUCUUUAUUUCCAAAGGUCCGGUUUAAGUUACCAGUUCUAAAAAAAAAUUGUAAGUCACCAGUAAAAUAAAGCACAGUCUUGUUAUCAU